GUGUAAUCACAAAGGAAGUAGCCGAAACCCUAAAUCAUCCAACGUUUGAAGAGUUGUGUUAACUAUCUCAUCAGAUCACUUCUCAAAUCUCUCUCCCGACAAUGGUUGUACCGAUAAUUGCAGGUGUUGCUGUUGCUGCAGCUGCUUAUGCUGGUAAAUACGGAAUUGAGGCGUGGCAAGCUUUCAAGGCAAGACCUCCAAGGCCUAAGUUUCGCAAGUUCUACGAAGGUGGUUUCCAAGCUGCUAUGACUCGGAGAGAAGCUGCUCUCAUUCUCGGUGUUAGGGAGAGUGUAGCGGCAGAAAAGGUGAAGGAAGCUCACAGGAGGGUGAUGGUGGCUAAUCAUCCAGACGCAGGAGGAAGCCAUUACCUUGCGUCCAAGAUCAACGAAGCUAAAGACAUGAUGCUUGGCAAAGGCAAGAGCUCUGGCUCUCCGUUUUAAAACCUUUUGGUGUGAUUGAUUGAUCCCAUCGACAAAAGCCAAUGUGGUUUUCUGAGUUAUUGGUCGAUCAUGAAGGGUGAGCAGACAUUGAUGUCUGUUUCCUAGCUAGAUUAGAAGUAGGAACCAAGUUGGAAGUCACUCUAGUUCAGUUAUCUAAUUAUGUUUUUUUUGGACAAAAUUUAUCCUUUAGAUUGAAUAAUUGAUUGACUGGUUGGGAUAUAGCUAAUGACCUUAGCUUUAAUUUCAAUCCACAACCAAGUUAUCAAUCAUGAUUCAUCUAAUUUUCAAAGUUAAAGUCAAAAAUUUUAAAAAAAUACAAGACAUAAUUCUGCAGUAAAAUUUU